UUUGUUUUUCAACUGGAUAUCUGCUUGAUUGUCCUUUCUUGAAGUUGAACUCUUUCUUUGUUAGUUUUUUGUAUUUUUAGACACACAUCCGAAAGCAUGUGCGCAGCUACUAUAUAGGUUGAAAGGGUCUUUGUACUCUGGGGUUCUUGUUCUUAUCUAAAACUGCAGCCAAUUUCAAGUAGAGUUUUUCACUGCUAGAGGAUUUUUCUGAUCUGGGGUUGGUGAGUUUGAGGUGAAGUAACUUUUUAUUGAUCUAACCAGGUACUUGAAUUUGAAUAGAGGAGUGAACUUUGAAGUACUAUUGGGGGAGAGUUGGCCAUAAAAGUCAAAGCCCGUGAGUUAGUGCUUGUGGUUGAAAUUUAAUGCUCAAAAGCUGAAGGCGAAAAGCUAGUUGCCUAGUUAGGCAAAUUCAAGACGAAAUAGAUAGAUUUUGAUCUAAAGUUGAGUGUUUUUCCUAUCGCUGGUUCAGCGCUAGAAGCAGGACUCGAGUUUUUAGGUAAAUGGGGAGUAAUUUGAAUAUAAAGAACUAUGGAAAUGAGCCACCGGGGGAGAGUGGAAGUGGUGGUGCUGGUGUUCCAUUGGUGCGGCAGUCGUCUGUUUAUUCACUGACUUUUGAUGAGUUUCUGAGAGGGAGUGGAAAGGAUUUUGGGUCAAUGAACAUGGAUGAGUUGUUAAAGAACAUAUGGAGUGCAGAAGAGAGUCAGAACAUGGGAACUUCUGGGGUUGGUGGACAAGAAGUGGGUGUUCCAGGUGGGAAUUUACAGAGGCAAGGGUCUUUAACUUUACCGAGGACACUGAGUCAGAAGACUGUUGAUGAAGUGUGGAGGGAUAUGUCAAAAGAGUAUUGUAGUGGAAAGGAUGGAAAUGGUGAUGUGGGGUUAUCGAACAUGCCUCGUAGGCAACAGACUUUAGGAGAGAUGACACUUGAAGAUUUCUUGGUUAGAGCUGGUGUUGUGAGAGAAGAUGCACAGUUGGCUGCAAAAGCUAGUAAUGUUGGGGUCUUUGGUGAUAUGUCACAUGCUGGACAUAGUCUUGGAGUGGGAUUUGGAUAUCAACAGAGCAAUGGGAAUACAGCUAUGGUGGCUAGUAGGAACAUCGAUAAUAAUAGUGGAAUUGGUGUUCAGUCCGGUAAUUUACCACUGAAUGUGAAUGGGAUCAUAUCUGUGCAACAACAGCAAGGAACAAUGCAACUGCAGCAGCAGCCACAGCAACAGCAACAACAGCAGCAGCAACCCCUUUUUCCUAAGCAACCUGGUUUGGCUUAUGGUGCUCCCAUGGCCAUCCCAACUAGUGGUCAAUUAGGCAGUCCAGGGAUGAGGGGUGGGAUUGUUGGUAUUUCUGAUCCAGCACUUGGUAGUAGUUUGGUUCAAACUGCUGCUUUGACGGGUGGAGGAAUGAAUAUGGUUGGUUUUGGAGCUGGAGGUGUAACUGGUGCAACAGGAUCUCCAGCAGUUUCAUCAGAUGGACUUGGGAAGAGUAAUGGAGAUACAUCUUCGAUAUCUCCAGUACCUUAUGUCUUUAGUGGUGGUUUAAGGGGCAGGAAAGGCGGUGCUGUGGAGAAAGUUGUUGAAAGGAGGCAGAGGAGAAUGAUAAAAAAUAGAGAGUCUGCUGCAAGAUCUAGAGCUCGGAAGCAGGUAAUAUCCCUUGGAUCUUACAUAUAGGCUCAAAGCUUUUAAUGUCUCCAUGCAUGUGUAUACCUAGCUUACUUGGAAGGGAAUUGGUAUGUGAUCUAUUCCCACCAAGUGUAUGCUAGAGCCCAAUAAAUCUGCUCUUUAAUAGUUCAUAGUGAAAUUUCUGUCAUUUACCCAGGAUUUAGUCAAUAUAUUUCUGCAACAUCGGUGGUUUUUUUCACUUGUUGAAGUGUAUAUUUUCACCUAAUCUCUUCAAGAUUAUAAAUUGAGAUGCGUGGGACUGGUAGAUAUUUUGUAUGAUGAUGAUAUGUGUUGAGUUUAAAUGGAGAAAUGAGGAUUCAUAUAGCCAAUCCCAACUUGUUUGGGACUGAGGCGUUGUUGUUGUUACAUGGGACUGGUAUGUGUGUCUUGGGAAAGCUUAUGUAUCAUCAUUUCACUGGCAUGGGCGAACCAAUGCUUGUUCAUUUUGUUCUUUCGCAACUACUUUGUGAUCCAGUUGAGAGAAAACAUACCCCUCGAGUUGAUCAGAACAGUUCAUUAUGCUUCUAUCUUAUUCGAUUCAUAAUUAAGCUGUCACAGAACUUGCUUACCCAAUAUUUUUGAACUUCCUGUUUUGCUGACCAUAUGCAACUUCCUGUUUUGCUAGCCAUAUGCCGUA